UUAUACCCAUAUCAGUAACCUUUAACAAGCCUCCUUUAAUCAUAGCUUCGUAAUUGGGUUUAACAUUUGUAAGAUCUUUUGAAAGUAGGCCGAACAUUGUUCCUUCUACAGCGUUUUCUUCAUUAUUAAAUAAAACAUGUGUGUCCUUGAUCAAAGCCUUUUGCACAGUGGCAUACCACCCGGCGACGCAGAUGAUUGCCUGCGCGUGCGCAAGUGGUGGUGCUUCGUGCUCUCGAGUAUCGUCACGUUCGUCGCUGGUCUUCUGGUGGUGCUGCUGUGGCGCGUAUUUGCGUUUCUAUGCUGCCGUAAGGAGCCCGAGUUGGCCCCCAAUGACCCCAAACAAAAGGAGCAGAAGGCGGCAGCGCGACAAGGAAAGCAAGAUUUCGAAGGGACCUUCAUGACCGAAGCGAAAGAUUGGGCGGGCGAAUUGAUAUCUGGACAAACUACCACCGGACGAAUCUUGGUGGUAUUGGUAUUCAUUCUGAGUAUAGCCUCGUUGAUAAUUUACUUUAUCGACGCAUCCAGUGAGGGCGUGGAACGAUGUCAGAAGUGGAGCAACAACAUAACACAACAAAUUGAUCUCGCCUUUAAUAUAUUUUUUAUGGUCUACUUUUUUAUACGAUUUAUAGCAGCUAGCGACAAAUUGUGGUUCAUGCUGGAGAUGUAUUCGUUCGUCGAUUAUUUUACGAUACCGCCCUCAUUCGUCUCCAUUUAUCUGGAUCGCACAUGGAUUGGUCUUCGUUUCUGCAGAGCUCUUCGCCUGAUGACAGUUCCCGACAUCCUGCAAUACCUGAAUAUAUUAAAAACGUCCAGUAGCAUACGACUUGCUCAACUAGUCUCCAUUUUCAUAUCCGUUUGGUUGACAGCUGCAGGAAUCAUACAUCUGUUGGAAAAUUCCGGCGAUCCGUUCGAGUUUAGUAAUCCCCAGCAAUUAUCUUAUUGGACAUGCGUCUACUUCUUGAUCGUCACCAUGUCGACGGUAGGGUAUGGUGACGUCUACUGUCAGACUGUACUGGGCCGAACGUUCCUGGUCUUUUUCUUACUUGUCGGAUUGGCUAUAUUCGCUAGUUGUAUCCCAGAGAUUAUUGACUUGAUCGGAACUAGGCCGAAGUACGGCGGCACGCUGAAGAACGAGCGAGGACGCAGGCAUAUUGUUGUUUGCGGCCACAUCACAUAUGAGUCUGUAUCACAUUUUCUGAAAGAUUUCCUACAUGAAGAUAGAGAGGAUGUUGAUGUUGAAGUAGUUUUCCUACACAGGAAACCUCCAGAUCUGGAACUAGAAGGCUUAUUUAAGAGGCACUUUACAACUGUAGAGUUCUUCCAGGGAACCAUAAUGAACCCCAUUGACUUGCAAAGGGUGAAGGUGCAUGAAGCUGAUGCUUGUCUUGUGCUCGCCAAUAAAUAUUGCCAAGAUCCGGAUGCUGAAGACGCCGCCAAUAUUAUGAGAGUCAUUUCGAUAAAAAAUUAUAGCGAUGAUAUUCGAGUCAUUAUACAACUGAUGCAAUAUCACAAUAAGGCGUACUUAUUAAAUAUUCCAUCAUGGGAUUGGAAACAAGGCGACGAUGUGAUCUGCUUAGCCGAGUUAAAAUUGGGUUUCAUAGCACAAAGUUGCCUGGCACCCGGAUUCUCAACUAUGAUGGCCAAUUUGUUUGCGAUGAGAAGUUUUAAAACGUCUCCGGAUACGCAAGCUUGGCAGAAUGACUAUUUGCAAGGAACCGGGUGCGAGAUGUACACGGAAACUUUGUCACCAUCAUUCACUGGCAUGACAUUCCCGCAAGCCAGCGAGUAA